CUUCCCCCCCCCCUCCCCGCCUGGAGCCGAUGGGCAAAAACUUUGAAAAAUAUUUGCAUCAGCCUAAUCUUAUUAUGAGAUUUUUCAAAAACGGUUAGCAUGCGCAUUUUUUUUAUCAUUUAAGUCGAAUUAAAAAUUUUUUGAGCGAUUAACUGAAUUUUCGGUUAAAAAUCAAAAAGUUUUGAAAAAUUUGGAUUGAAGCUUGAAUUUCUUAUGUUUUUGACGAUGGUUACAAGACAAGUUCAUUCAAGCUUCGUGGCCUUUGUUUGAGUUUACUCGCUCUUAUCAGAAGUUCCCAGGGGGAUUUGUGACGAUUUGUGAUAUCACUUCCCAAAUGCGAGCUCAUUGGUAGUAAAUAGUAUUGUUUGUAUCAUCGAUAUUUAUGAAUGGUGCAUCCCCGGGCAAGGAUGAUAAGAACUGUUUUGAUCGAUACAAUUCCAAGAAUUUGUGAUUCACAACAAAAGAAGUAUCUUUUAUGUAAUAAUAAUCGAACAUUUGUCAAAUUUAAGAGCUGAGAUAAGAUUAUGAACUAAUGAAUAUGGGCAAUGCUGGUGUAUAAAUAACCACACUUUUUCAAUGGAAUAUCAGUCGAAAAGUGUUGUCUAACCUGGAUGCUAUAAUGGUGACUUUUAAAUCACUUCUAGCAGUUCUAGGAUUGCUCCUGAUUGGAGUGCAUUCUGGAAAUGCAUCAACUGUUGAAGAUCAAAUGCGUGAUCUUCAGUUGAGAUUGGAGCAAAUGUUCGAAGAACAGGGUGCUCAAAUCAAGCAGCUGACGGUGGAGAUGAAUCAGCUUAGACAAACGGUCGAGCGUCUUUCCGGAAUUGUCCAAAAUGUGGAUCACUCGAUGAAGAUUGUGGAGAACAACCACGAUAUCGUGAUGAGAAACCUCACCCAUGUGACUGAUCAAUCUAAUGAAAUUAUGGUGAACCAACAGUUCUGCGCCAACCACGACCGUUUGCGAGACUUGUACUUUGAGCUUCUGCCAAGAUGUGAAGAUCCAACGGUGCCACCAGUUACGACCCAGCAACCUCCCACACCCCCCGUAGAUCCAAACGUAUACCAGUCCUGCGCUGCUGCUCCACCUAUCUCCGGAGUGUACAAUCUGGUACUCCGGGACAAUAUCGUGUUCCAAGGGUACUGCGAACAGAACCUGGUUGGUGGUGGCUGGCUGGUGUUCCAAACUCGAUUCGAUGGCUCGGUGGACUUUAACCGUAGCUGGACCGAAUACCGGGAUGGCUUUGGGGAUCCAUCCGGGGAGCACUGGCUUGGACUGAAAUAUCUGAAUCAGUUGACUACUUUAAAAUCAGUUCAUCUUUUAAUCGACAUGGAGGAUUAUGCUCUGAAUAAUGAGUAUGCAUACUAUUCUGGAUUUGUGGUUGGACCCGAGCAGAGCUACUACUCAAUCAAUUCGGUGGGGAAUCUUCAUGGAAAUGCCGGCGAUUCUUUUAGCGCCCUUUCCGGAGAAUCAUUUGCAACGUUUGAUUUUUCCGCUCCAAACAAUGAUUGGGCAGAGUGUGCCAAAACGUGGGCAAGUGGCUAUUGGUAUUUUGGAUGCUCUUCUCCUGCAGGACUGAAUAACUUGAACGGAAUCUACGGACUCGACCAUGGAGAACGAGGAAUUUGGUGGGGAUCUUUCGGAUCAGGGGGUAUAAGUUUUUCCCCGUUGAAAUACGUAAAGAUGAUGAUUCGUUACGACAAGGCUCCGGUAAAAUAAAAUUAUUGAUUUUCUAAAGCAUCAUUAAUAAACUAGAAGCAACAAUG